CUGCUCUGGGUCAGAGUUCACAUCCGCGUUAGCGCUGACGUUGUCCAAAGGAGGAAAAUGGCGAUGGGUUGCUUGUCAAUGAGGGACACCGCGACUCCUGCAACAUUAACCUGCAAAAGGCGAGGUGCUACAAUGGUCCCCAUGUCGGCUGGUGGGUUCAGCAGAAGCGCUCUGUUUGUUUUAUCCGUGGCGUUAAUGUUGCAGGCAGUUUUAGGAGACGGAAAGACUCUCGUUCUGCUGGACAAUCCCAACAUCAGAGACACUCAUUCAAUCUUCUUCCGCAGUUUAGCAGAUCGUGGGUUUGACCUUACCUUCAAGACUGCUGAUGAUCCUGGUCUCUCUCUGAUCAAGUAUGGCCAGUUCCUCUAUGAUCAUCUCAUAAUUUUCUCUCCAUCAGUGGAAGAUUUUGGGGGCAACAUCAGUGUAGAGACCAUUACAGCCUUCAUUGAUGGUGGAGGCAAUGUUCUCGUUGCUGCCAGCUCUGAUAUUGGUGAUCCUCUGAGAGAGCUAGGUAGUGAAUGUGGGAUUGAAUUUGAUGAGGAGAAAACUGCUGUUAUUGAUCACCAUAACUAUGACGUUUCUGAUCCUGGUGAGCACACCCUGAUUGUUGCAGACCCAGAGAAUCUUCUUAAAGCCCCAACUAUAGUUGGCAAGCCCACUGAUAAACCAGUCCUGUUCAAAGGUGUUGGCAUGGUGGCUGAUCCAGAUAACUCUCUGGUGCUGGAUAUUCUGACAGGAUCCUCCACCUCUUACUCCUACUUCCCAGAUCGCCCCAUCACGAAAAACCAAAGUGGAAAAUACAGUGUACAGUUCAAGCUUCCAGAUGUGUAUGGAGUUUUCCAGUUCAAAGUUGACUACAACAGACUUGGCUACACACACCUGUACUCUUCAACCCAGGUUUCUGUCCGCCCCUUGCAGCAUACCCAAUAUGAGCGCUUCAUCCCCUCUGCCUUUCCAUAUUAUGCCAGUGCCUUCUCUAUGAUGGCAGGACUCUUUGUUUUCAGUGUCGUCUUUGUACAUAUGAGAGAAAAAGAGAAGUCUGAUUAAAAUGAGAAUCAGUGAGGAGGAGUGCAAGAAAAUGUAAAAACAAAAAUGGUCUUCAGACCUCUGGCAGUCAUGAAUAGAGAUCUGAAAUAUGUUUGUAUGGUCUUGUUUUGGUGAGUUGGAAAUUGUGCCAUUACAACAAAAAGCAACGUUUUUUUAAUUUUUUAAUUUUUUUUUGAAGGGGGGUUGGGUAGUCUAACAAAAGAUAUGUUUUUGUUUUCUGGUUUGCCAACUGGUAAUUUAAAGUGAUUUGGGGCACGUCAUGUUUUAUUUGUACAAAAGGCAACUUGAAUUGGUUUUAUGGUGCAACAUGCACUGAUGGUUUGGCUCUUGCUAUGAAAAUUUUUGUUUUGAAAUCUACCAUUUGUAAAAAGAGGAAUGGAUUCUCAAAAUGUGGUUGAAAUACCUGAAUUCAGUAAAGUUUUAACGUUCCACCACUAAA